CUGUAUUUAGCAACAUGGCGGCGAAUCAGAGCAAUUUUUAAUCUGCGUCACUUUGUUAUGAGAGAUUAGCGAUUCUAAUCUGUCAGAGGCUAAUUCUGUCAACUGAAAGGACUUAAUGCUUUAAAUGUUUUUUCUCAGUUUUCUCUCACUCAGUCAUCUACCUGGAAACUACAAAGCUAGCUUAGCUUAGCAUUCAAACUGGAGAUAUGAGUGGUGAAACAGUCAAAGUUGCUGUUUGAUGGAGUGGUUGUAGUGUUUUCCAGAAUAAAUCAGCCAGUAUAACUGUGUGAAAAUGCCAGGAGUCGAGACACUGAGAGAUUUUGUCAACCAGAGACUGACUGCUGCUGCUGAGGAGAUUUUUGGAGUCUUUGAAAGAACGAUAGCAGAAUACGAGGAACAACUUUGUCGAUGUAAAGAGGAAAACGAGCGAAAACAAAAACUUCUGGACGAUGUUCAGCUUCGCUUUCACAGAGCAGACAACCAGCAGCUGUCAGUGACUCCAGAAGAGGUUCCCUCUGAGCAGCAGGAGUGGAGCGCCAGUCUAGAGCAGGAGGGCACUGAGCCUCCACACCUUAAGGAGGAAGAGGAGGAACUGUGGAACAGUCAGGAGGGACUUGAUGAGGUUUAUACCGUCAAGUUCCCCUUUGCUUCUGUUUCAAUGAAGACUGAAGAUGAUGAACAGAAACCUCUGUCCUCACAGCUUGAUGAAAUACAAAAUGAAGGGAUGAAAACAGGAGUUGAUGGAGAGGACUGUGGAGGACCAGAAAACGCCAGGAACUCGGAACCAGAGAGACAUUCACAUUCAGAGACUCAGAACAAGACCGAAGACUGCACUGAAGCUGAAACUGAUGACAGUGAUAAUUGGAGGAUCACAAUGGAAAAUGAUUCUGGAUUAAACUGCGUGGAAAACUUUGAUGAUGAUAGAUCAGACAAUGACAAGAAAUCACACAGCUGCUCUCAAUGCAGUAAAACAUUCAGGAGGAAAUGCCAUCUUGCUAUCCAUAUGAGAAUACACCAAAAAGAGAAACCCUUAAGCUGCUCUGACUGUGGUAAAAGAUUUAAGUUUAAGUCAAGUCUGACUAAACACAUGGUUAUCCACAGAGGAAAGAAGCCCUUUAGCUGCUACCAAUGUGAAAAGGUAUUUAAUUACAAAUCUCAGCUGAAAUCCCACAUUUUGCUGCACACAGGAGAGAAGCCCUUCAGCUGCCCUCAGUGUGAUAAAAAAUUUAAUCGCAAGUCUAAUCUGGCUAUACACAUGGUGAUCCACACAGGAGAGAAACCCUUUAGCUGCACUGAGUGUGAUAGAAAGUUUACCCAAAAGUCUAAUCUGAACACACACAUGUUAAUUCACACAGGAGAGAAACCUGUCAGCUGCUCUGAGUGUGAUAAAAAGUUUUACCAAAAGUCACAUCUGACUUCACACAUGGUGAUCCACAGAGGAGAGAAACCCUUCAGCUGUUAGCUCUGUGAUCAGAAAUUUCAUGGGAUAGUCAGUUAAAAAGACACAAGUGUACCAGUAGCCAAAUUUCAUAAAAUAAGAGAAAGAAGAGCUAAUGAGGAGGACUGUGCAAGAUGAGAACCUUGCAUCUGACAUAUCUAGCUGAUGAAUAAAAAAAUGAGUGCAGACAAAGUAACUUUCUCGACAAACUCUGAUCUGAUUUCAUGGUCAAACAUGAGAGAAAAUGUUGGCGUUCUACGAGAAAGAAGAAACAUAAAAAACGGCUAGAUUGUUGUGUUGAACAUAAGUAUCGGCCCAAACUUUCACAAUCAGUGCAUCUCAGGUUCCUUUAUUACAAGUUGUAGUCUUGCUUGGAAAAUAAACCCCAACAAGUUUUUUAAGAAGAAAUUUUUCCUGUAUACUUCAUUAAUUGAAAGUCCUACCAAUUCUGGUUAGCACUAAAACAGACUGAAACAACAGCAUGCAACAGAGGCCCUUUAGAUCGUUGUUUCCAGUGCAAACUCCAACAGUAAAUCCUUUCUGUGGCAAAAUGAGAGUCUCAGAUAUCACUAAGUUGGGUCAUUUCAAAGCUGAUGUUUUAACAACCCUUUCCAGAGUGAAAUACAAAUGUAAACUGCAAAAGCAUGGACAAUCAUCAUAGAAAAAAGUGGAAGACUACCUGCUAUUAUUGACUGUGAUUCUCAGCAAAAUGCUGUAUGCUCAGGUGUGGACAUAUGACCAACUAUAUGCUGUGUGUGAUACUGUUGUGGACUUCUAUUAUCAAUAUAUUUUUGGUUAUUGCAAUGCACAGCAUGCCUUGAGUCUUUUCAUAACCCUUAACAUUAUUCAAACUCUGAAAUGUGCAUUGUUUUAAGGGAAGAAAAGGGGGUUUGUGGAUUGGGGCUCUUGCAACAAUAUUUGAGUCAGUGUGGCCUCUGAGCAGGGCAAGGUUGAGCACAAGUUCUUGAAGAAAUUCAGUUUAAAAUAUAUCUUUUUGUCUGGCUUGAAUGUGUCUCUUCUGCAGAAGUGAGGUUUUCUUGGUCCAUUCUUGUAGAGGGCUCUAGUGAUGGUUUUCUUUGAGACUACGUUUCCAGACUUGGCCAAGCCCUUCACUAGUGUUUCUGCAGUUGUUCCGGGGUCUUUAGACACAUCUCUCAGUAGUUUUCUUUCCUUGAAAUCUUUCUCUUUCUACCUCUGCCAGGCUUGUUGUGGCUCUCUUUGAAUUUCUGGGUGAUUCUUCUCACCCCGGUUCUUGACACUUGGAAAUGCUGUGAUGCCUUUGUAUAUCAUUCUCCUGUUUUUGUGAGCAUCAACAAUUUUUUUCCUCAAGUCUAAACUGAUUUCUUUACUUUUUGUUGAGAUGCUUUCUGCAGUGACAGCUCAACCCCUUACUGGAGUUGUCAUACCAUUAUGUAAAUAUGAAGAUAAUCUUCAGUUUUAGCUGGAUUUUAGAAGCUUUCAGCAAUACAAAGUUGAUGCACAUCAUUGCACAGCAGUGCUGUCUGCUAUGGCUCAACAAAAAGUUCAGUUCUAAAGGGGACUAAUAAUUGUGAUCCUGAUCAUUUUUGUAUUUUUGUGAAAUCAUUUUGUUUCUGUGUGUAAUGUUGGA